AUGAGUUCCAUGCCGUCGCAUGUGUGCAUCGUUGUCCGCACGAGGCCCACGGACUUCCUCGCGGACAACCUCACCAUCCUGCCAGGGGGGACGCUGUACAUCACGCGACGGGCAGCUGCAGGAGGCGUGGGGGAGACCGCGACCGCGUCCCAGGCACCGGAUAAGUUGUCGUUCGCCUUUGACGCGGUGCUGCACAACGCCUCGCAGGAGGCCGUGUUCGAGGCGACCACCUCCGACCUUGUGGACUCGGCGCUGCAGGGCUUCAACUGCACGCUGCUCUGCUACGGCCAGAGCGGCUCCGGCAAGACCUACACGCUGUUCGGUGGCAACACCUACCCCACGCGGGGCUGUGUCCCGCGCGCGGUGCAGGCCAUGUUUGAGACCGUCGCGUCCUCCGCGGACCACGAGUUUAAGCUGAGCCUCUCCUUCGUGGAGGUGCACGGGGACCAGCUCUUCGACCUGCUGGGAAAAGGGCCGCUCCCGUCCCCGCGGGCCGGCGGCAAGCCGAAGGCCGCCAGCAAAGUCGCCGUGACGCUCACCGCCGACGGCGAGGUGGCGCUGCGCGGGGUGGAGGUGCGGCAAUGCGCCAACGAGGCUGAGGCACUGGCGGCCGUCUUUGAGGGCAUGCAGCGGCGCACGAGCAGCGCGAACGCGGCCAACCCGCAGAGCUCGCACUCGCACGCGGUGCUGACGUUUUACAUGGUGAGCAAGAGCCUCGUGGACAGCGACGCCCUCGUCCACCACUCGCGGUUGAACUUUGUGGAUUUGGCCGGCACGGGGCGACCCAACGCGGUGACGGACGAGGGUGCGAGGCGAGAGGCAAAGCUCGUUAACCGCUCCCUGAUGAUGUUUGAGCAGGUCAUUCUCGCCCUCUCGGGCCCCCACUCGCGCCACGUGCCGUACCGCCAAAGCAAACUCACCAUGUUGCUGAAGGGCUCCAUCGGGGGCACCAGCCGGACGACGCUCAUUGCCAACAUAUGGCCCGAGGAGCGCCACACCGAGUCCACCGUGGCAACGUUAAACUUUGCCAAGCGCCUGGUGCGGAUUGAGUCCAACCCCGCCGUGCACGCCUCCAUGGACCCGGAGGCGCACGUCAAGAUGCUCCAGAAGCAGGUGGUCAGCCUAAAGUCCGAGUUACGCAUGCAAGAUCAACUGGCCGGGCGGGAGGCGUUCUCUACCGCGCCCCUGGACGGCGACGAAAUGCAGGCCGCGCGGGAGCGUGUCAUGGAGUUUCUGGACGGAACCUCCCCGCAGGUGCAAGUGAGCUCUGUGCGGGAAAUGCAUGCCUGCUUUCUGGCCUUCAAGACCAUCCUCGGCGAGCGCGAGGCACAACUGAGGGAGUCGGGGCAGCAGCAGACGACACCGCCACGCCCGUGUAGUACGGCGAGCAAUAGGAGCAUCACGAGGCCAAAACUGAGCUCAAGGCGGCAGGGCUCGAACGAUGCAAAGGAGCCGACCAAGUUUGUGGCUAGCGUCGAGGAUGCCGCGGCUGGAGUGGGCAUGGGCACGACAACUCGACCAAGCGCCGUGAUUCGGGACAUUUUUUUCCAUCGGCAGCGCAGCCCCUCCAGUAUGCUUCCAGCGACGCAGGCUGCAGGGAAGGAGCGGGGCGUCGACGCACAUGCCCCUGCUGCAGCCGUCACAGCCCCGCCCACGCCCGUCCCCACGCCCAUCCUCGCAACAACAACAGCGACGGCAUCGGCAUCGGCAUCGGCAUCGGCGGCAGUCAUGGCCCCCACGGCCCGGCGCAGCUCUACAUCCAUGGACGCGGCAUUUGCCGUGCGCCCCAGUGUGUCCCCCAGCUCCCGUGUCCAGAUGGCAGCGUUGCUGCCCACGGAUGGAGAGCCGUUGAAGACGCAGCCCUGCACACAACGCCCCUCCACGAGUCCCCUGACGGAGAGACAAGACGCGGGCCUCCCGCCGCUUGAGGGCCAUACCGCCACAACGGGCGUGCCACUUCCGAAGUUCUUGGGGCGGCAGCACAACGUGAUCCGUGACAGACGCACGGCGUUUGAGGCGUACAAGCGGACAGGCGCCGGCACCUGCCAGUUGGGGACCAUAGACGAAGCCCGAAACCUUUUGGCAGAUAAGAAUGAGACGAUAAUGCAGCUCCAAAAACGAUUGAAUGAGCUUCAGGAGAAUAUGGAGGCAAGCAAGAAAAGUGAGCAGCUUUCUACCACCGCGGUGGAAGAGCGGGUGAUGGCGCGGUGGGCGCCCACAGAGGCGAGACGCAUGUCCCCCGUCUUGUUGGACGGCAGUCGCAGCGGCCAUGAGAACAAUGUGAGCUCCGCUGGCACGCCUUCCGCGACGGACGAAGAAAAACUGUCCCACAUGACGUUAGAGGAAAGGAAGGCCCUUUUCAACGUCACGAGCAACGCACUGAAGCGGGCAACGAUUGAGCGUGCGCAUCUUGCGAAGCAGCUCAACCGCCACUGUGAGGCUUUCAUGAACAACUUCCAGUACUGGCACCAGUCCCAGCUCCAGGCAAUGCUGCCGGCGCAGGUGGAAAAGACGCCGGCGGUGGUGGCGCUAGUGCCUGCAGCGACGGUGGGGGCUGCGGCGACGGUGGGGGCUGCGGCGACGGAUGCGGACGCCCGACGCUCGCCGAGGACCGUCAACCCGCCAGCCACAAGCGCCUCGUGCGCCGCACUUGUGGAGGGUGACCCGCGGGCCGUGGACGCCGCUGAGCGCUCCGAGGCGCAGGAGGCGCAGCUCCCGGAGAGCGCGGCCUUCUACGCGGCACAGAGGCUCGUGCGGAGGGGGAUGCGGCCGCUUGAGUGA